UCGUGAAACAAAGACCUGAGUAAUGGGAAAGCAUCCGAUCGCCAGCCAACUUCUGGUGCUUCUUUUCCUACCAUUUCCCGGAUUCAGUCAAUUCCUCGAUCCAUUAUGUGGAACUCGAACUCGAACUCAAAAAAAUACUGGAAUGCGGGUCAUUAACGGCCAGAUAGCUCAAAACAACUCGAGUCCCUGGAUGGUUUUUCUGAAGGCAACUGACUAUACAUUCGUGUGCGGCGGAACUUUAAUCACAAAUAGAUUAGUACUAACUGCAGCGCAUUGCUUCAGUCCACAAAAGACAUUAUUCGCUCGCCUGGGAGAGUAUAAGCGAAGCUUUAAAGGUGGAUAUAAACCGGAGGUUAGGGUGGACGCAGCUUUUAGACAUCGCCUUUACAAUCCAAAUACGCAUGUCAACGACAUUGCCAUCCUUCGGCUGGCAUAUGCUGUAACUUACAGAGAAAACAUUAGGCCGAUCUGCAUUGUGUGGGAUCCUAACUGGAGGAAUUAUAUUGACAGUAUUCAGCUGCUAACCGGUACUGGAUGGGGUAAUACCGAGACUGGAAUGGACAGCGAUGAGCUCAUGACACUAGAAAUUCAGCGUCGUUCACCACAGGUGUGCAACAAAUACACCAACAACAACAUUGUGAGCAAUCAGUUUUGUGCGGGAAACUUAAAUAGUAAUCUGUGCAACGGCGAUUCCGGAGGUCCUCUGGGGGCAAUGAUCACAUAUCAAAACAAGCAGCGCUUCAUCCAGAUCGGUAUCGCCAGCUACACGAACCAAAGGUGCCAAUGGGCAUCUGUUUACACGGACGUGUUAGGACACAUCGACUUUAUCCUUCGGGUUUGGCGACUGUACGGCAAUGGUCAAAAAGUGCCUCUGCCAACAAGAAAGACAACUACAACGACAAGACCACCAAUUAGCCUACCUACCAGGCCACCCAAUAAGGAACCUACAAGGCCACCGAUUGAGGUUUAUUAUGAUUAUGACACUUUCGAUAUGACAGUUCAAUAUCCAGUUGAAUAUCCUGUUCAAUUUCAAGUUCAAUAUCCAGGUCAAUUUCAAUUUCAAUAUUUUUGGAACGGUUAAAAACCCUAUAUGUCUACUGAUACAAAAUGGAGUAUUAAAAAUAAAUGCCUGACAAUUACAUAUAAACUCAAAUUAUAAAAUACAAAGCAUUUUACAUUGCAAGAUUUAUAACUAAAUUAUUUUAAUUAUUCUGAAAAGUAUUGGAUUUAAGAAAGUUCAUAUUUAAAAAACAUACAUUUUAUUAAAGUUAAAAAUGGAGUAAGUCUUAAUUCAACUUUUACUCCACGAGUUACGGGUAUAAAAAUAGUCAAAAACACUAUAAAAACAUUAUUUUAACGCAAGAUAGUCCUUGAAGUGUUUAAGCCAUAUGCAGUAUAAGUAAGACGACUUUCAAACAGGAAAGAGGAAUUGAAAUAUUAAUAAACACUAUAACAUUUUUUGUUUGAUUUUGGUUAAUUUUUUUAAAUCCCAAAACCACUUAACUCUUUUCUUGCUAAACAAAAAAUAAAUUGUUUUUAAGAACUGCGUCCACGACAUCAAAAAUAGUACACAGAAAAAUAGCAUUCAGCAAAACAAUACAUUC